UGGCGCGUUCCACCUCGCCCGUGGAUGUGUCCCGGCUUCCAUUGGUCGCGCGCGCAGGCUCCGAAGGGGCGGCUCCGGGUGCUGCGGGGCGCGCAGCGGCUAAUGCCAGUUCCACCGCAGCAGCCGAAGGCACAGCCCGUGCAGUGGGCGCGGCCCGCCCGCCCAGCACUGCGGGAGCUCCCGCGCGUUCCCCGGCGCGGGCCCCUGCACGUGCUGCCUCGCGGCAGGAGACCGCUGGCUUGCCGCCGACGAAGCAGGCCGCGGCAAAGCAACAGCCCGCUACAAGGUCACGGCUCGUCGUGGAGCCGCUCGAUACCUGGCUCGACAGCCCGGUGACCUUGCGCACGACGUCGGAGUUGUCGAGCACGCCGCCCGAGCAGGCGUCGGCGCAGCGUACUGAAGCUGCUGCGCUGUGGAAAGCCCUCAACGCCCAGCCGCAAGAGCUGGCCCAGGACGGCGAACGCCUGAAGACGCUGGAGGGUGAAAUGAACACCCUGCGCGGGCAGGCCAGCCGUGAUCGCGCGGCGGCGGCGCAGUUGCAGCAGCAACUGGAGCAGGCAGAGCAGGAGCGGUUCCCAGCCAUCGUGGUCUACGUUCUGGGUGGCCUGUUGCUGCUGGCGCUGUUGAUCGUGGUCUGGACCUGGACCCGCCUUCGCAGCGCCUCGGAAAAAGCCGUGCAGGCCUGGCGCGACUCUGUCGCCUUGGGCAACCGCCAAGCUGCUGCGGCGCAUGAAGCUGCGUUGGGGCUGACCCCCCAUCCGGGUGACAACUGGGAGGCGGCGGAGACGCUACCCACGCCUCCAGGCAUGGCGCCGU